AUGAUCCAUGCCGAUAGAUCCACGGCGAUGGCGGUACCAUCCAGUUCGGAAAGCAAGGUGUGGUGCUGCGACGGGUCGGAGCCACUGAGCUUGCGGACAACACCUUCCUCCGUGAGCAGCUUCCAGAGGCUCGCGAUUCCCAUGCUGAUUCAGUGA